CUGAAAGUAUCGGGUAUAACAUUUCACGUCUCUCCUCAUCGGAACAAUUCUCAAUAUUACCACGAUAAAAGAAGUUACCUAUCUGGAGGUGACUAAGUGAUUAAGUAAAGAGUAAGAAAAAACAUCAAAAUAAAGUACUGCGGAGGAAUUUCUGUCAAGCUGUGAGACGACGGAGUGAAGAGUGAAGGCGAUUGCGAGGGGCUGAGGGAAUUGUCCUCUGUGCAAGGGACUUUCAUUAGUCCCCAGGCCCCUACCUGCCCCUACCGUCAGCAGGGAGAUGGAAAGCUUGAUGUCCAGUUCUACCCUGCCGCCCCUUUCUGCAGAUGAAGACGGCUCCAAGGAGAGUAACGGUCUGGCUGCAACUGGGUUAACACACCCCGAGGGUCCAUAUGGCAGUGCAGCCACAUCAACAACCAACAACCCAGAAUUUGUGGAGGAUCUCUCCCAAGGCCAGCUGCUUCAGAGUGAGUCUUCCAAUGCUGCAGAAGGCAGUGAGCAGAGGCCUGAAGAUGAGCAAAGAAGUAAACGAGGAGGCUGGUCCAAAGGGAGAAAAAGGAAGAAACCUCUUCGGGACAGCAAUGCACCCAAGUCCCCCCUUACAGGAUAUGUUCGAUUCAUGAAUGAGCGUAGAGAACAGCUUCGAGCAAAACGACCAGAGGUCCCAUUUCCAGAAAUCACAAGGAUGUUGGGCAACGAGUGGAGUAAACUGCCUCCUGAGGAAAAACAGCGCUACCUUGAUGAAGCAGACAGAGAUAAGGAGCGUUACAUGAAGGAACUGGAGCAGUAUCAAAAGACCGAAGCCUACAAGGUCUUCAGUAGGAAAACGCAAGACCGUCAGAAAGGCAAAUCUCAUCGGCAAGAUGCAGCCCGGCAGGCCACUCAUGAUCAUGAGAAAGAAACAGAAGUAAAGGAACGCUCUGUUUUUGACAUCCCUAUAUUUACCGAAGAGUUCCUAAACCACAGCAAAGCUCGUGAGGCAGAACUCCGCCAGCUUCGUAAAUCCAACAUGGAGUUUGAAGAAAGGAACGCAGCCCUACAGAAGCAUGUGGAAAGCAUGCGCACAGCAGUGGAGAAGCUGGAGGUUGAUGUGAUCCAGGAACGGAGCCGAAACACCGUCCUUCAGCAGCACCUGGAAACCCUGCGGCAGAUGUUGACCAGCAGCUUUGCCAGCAUGCCUUUGCCUGGAAGUGGAGAAAUACCAACAGUGGACACCAUUGACUCAUACAUGAACAGAUUGCACAGUAUAAUUUUAGCUAAUCCCCAAGACAACGAAAACUUCAUAGCUACAGUCCGAGAGGUUGUGAACAGGCUUGAUCGUUAAGCACUGAUCUUAGUGCUCCAAGAUGUAGUGUAUACACUUGCACAGAACGAGAGGCCGCCCAUUGACAUUUGAACUGAGACAGGGCAGAGGACUGCAGAUCCCCCCUGUGAAAGAAUUGUCAGUAAGUGAAAUGCUUUCAUCCCAGGAAGCUGCAUGAGGGAGCAACAGAGCCGGAUAUGUGAACUCUGUAGGAAUACCCUGUGUGAAGCUUUGAACGUGUACAGCCCCUCUGCUGAAGUGGAUCUGCAUACAUUCUCCUGACAACAUCGACCCAAGACUGACAUCUUCCUUCCCUCUGCAGCAGAAAGGAAGCUUUCUCAUCGUUACAAUCCCACUCCAGUUUUCUUACCCAGAUGUCACUUUUUUAAAUGCCUCUGGGGGACUGCUUUCCUUCACUCCUACCAAAAUACACAUCUCCAUUUUCUGACCUCUGGGUUUUGUUGCUCAGCGGGGCUUUGAAGGAGAAUUCUCAUUAGAUGGACCCAAUCUUCUCCAUCACUGCCCUGCUGUGACUCCAAAGAAGGGAGCUUCUUGUUGACAGUGCCCUGUGGAGCCAGGCAGUGUUUCCUGCCCUACAUGGUGCUCAGUGGGUGCCAGCCCCUCAGCAGGCUCUCUGACUGCUGCCCUGAAGGACAGUGCUCCCUUCUUCCUUCCUGGUCCUGCCUGCUGAUCUCUGAGCACUGCUCCUGCUCAGACUGGGAAUCCCAGCCACAGCAAGGUUCUUCAGUCCCCAGUAUCUUGUGGAGCACUUUCGCUGAGGAAAAGGUCAUUGGUAAAGAGCGGGGAGGAGAGUAAUGGAGCCCACAUCUGACUAAGAGGAAACAGAGCAACACUGUUCAGUGCACAGAUCCAUGCAUUAAGAUGAUGGGAACGUCUUUGGAAGAAGUCUCAUGAGCUCACAAAAAGGCACAGUGGAAUCCACUUGUGUUUGCUUUCCUCUGUAGCCACUAACUGCCGAAUCUGUGGAAUCUAUGAGGAAAAGGCAGCUUCCAUCCCUCCCUCUCCUUACUAUGGAAUUUUCUUGUUGUUUAAUCACAAAAACAAACAGGUUCUGUUUCUCUCCUCAGGGUCGGUUUUCAGUUUUUGGGUUGGGUUUGGGUUUUGGGUUGGGUUUGGGGUUUGGUUUGGUUGUAAGUUUGGGGUUUGGUUUGGUUUUUUGUUUUCCUUUUAUGCUCUAGAGAACAAGGAUAGAGGUGGCAGCUGAGAUCUUUGGAACCAAAGCAGAGCAUGCUGAGCCCAUGAUCUAGGCACUGGGCCACCAAAGGCAGGGCCCUCACAUAUGCCCAUAAGCCAGAGCCCCCAUGCUGUGGCCACAUCACCCUGUUCUCCGUACUGCAUCCUCUUCUACGUGCUUUAUUAGAUAGUCCAAAGGGGGCAGCAGUAGUAAUGAGAGCUGUGUGAGCACAUGGAACUCCAUGCACUGAAACCCACAUACCACUCGUUUAGAAAAAGACCCCUUAGGCACUGCACAGCCAGCCAGCUCUGCUGCCUGUGUCUGCCCGGCUCCCUCCUUCUUAGAUUGCUUGCCUGCUAAACCCAUGCUAACUCACUGUCUGGCAGAAGGACACCCAAGCCUGUUCUGGGAUUUUGUCUUCAGCCAGAUGCUUCCUGCCCUCCCUUCCUUCCUCCUCAUAUUGCUGUUUCUCUCUGUGUGCAGUUCUGCGCCAUUUCCAUAGCACUGAUCUUAACACCCAGAUAAAGCUAUGGCUCGGUCCAAAGAUCAUCUUUCUCCUCUUUACAGAUGUGAUACCUCAUCUCAUCUACACACAUUUGCAUAGCCAGAAUUUAGGAGGAUGGCAAGAGAAUCUACAGGAUGGAAUCCUUGUCACAGCAACAGCUUCCUUUCAAAUACUGCCUCUCCCAGCAGCUCAACACUUGCCUUAAGUGGCUGGGAUUCAGUCAGGUUAUGCAGGGCUGGUUUGUUCCACCUUGUGGCACCCCAUGCUCAACAUAGGGGAGGAGUUAAGGGUGCAGGCUGGUCCAAGGGUUUAUUCCCUGAAGGUUCAUGGCUGAUCCUGCACCUACGUGUUCUCAAGAAGGAAGCAGUUACCAAUUCAGUGUUACACAUUCCACUCUUGCUUUUUAUUAAAACACAGGAGCAGCUGGGGAAGGGAGAUGAGGGGCUUUAUAUCUGACAAGUUUUAGAAAAGGAAAUAUUGUGUACAUGUGUUUGGAGCUGUUGAAUUGCCAGGUUUCUGUACAAGCGUUUUGUAAUUAAACUUUUGGAUUUUCUUUAAGAAGUUGAUGUGCUUGCUUGACAUUUGUCUCAUUAAAACUUUUCUGUGUUGAA